CCUGCGCUGUUCGCGGGCGCGCGCGUGAGAGAGAGAGGAGAGCGAGAUCCGACGCCUCCCCCUUUUGCUAUUUACGGGAAACACCUCUCGGGGAUUGGAUCGCCUCAAAGGUCCCAUCGCCUCCUCGUCCUCCUCGUUUAGGGUUUGCGCCUAAUUUUCAAUCUCAUGUGUGUGUUCUUGGUUCGGUUUUCCUGUCUUCUGCCGAAAACGAAGAGCUUAUUUUCCUGUGUUUGGUAGCGUUAGGAGUUAAAGAUUGUAAUUUGAUGGGUUGCGGCUGGCGAAGGGCGGAUUUGGACGGCUUUUUCUUGAGUUUUGGUUCCUUUUUGGUGACAUGGUGGCUUCCGUAAGUCGGUUGGAAUUUGUAGAACAAAGAGGGAUUUUGAGCCUUUCGUCGAUUGGUUAUGAUCAGCACUUCGAACAGAUUCAGCAGCAACAGCAGGGCAUCACUUCUAUGCAAUGAUUCAGGAAAAUCUGCCGAAGAUGGCGAAACAUCUCAUCGCAAGAACAUGGAGGGGUUGAGCAUUUCCAAGAGCCUAGUGCGGAGCGUGAGCCAGAAGUAUAAGAAGAAAAGGAGCGUCUUUAGAGCAGCCCAUAGUGGUGGAAGCUCCAGGCACAAUUCCUCUACAUGCCUUGGCCAUUAUGUGAAGGGUGGCGGGUGUCGUCGGGUGGGUGCUUGCGACGACUUUGAUUCUACUAUCAAGACGCGGUUCAGUGCCAUGGACGAGUGCAUCCCGCAGAGGAUGGACAAAGGGAUUGAAGAUACUGGGGUAGGGAUGGAGUGCUUCUCUUAUGGCGUUUCGGAGAAAUUUUGGAGGAGUUCCAGGAAGGAGAAGCCAUCUGUGCAGUGCCCAUCAACUUCAUCAUCUGCUGUUCCGGCUUCGCUACCUGAUGAUGUGUUGGAAAUGAUUCUUGCUCGGCUUCCUUUGUCAUCUGUCAUGACAGCACGUUGCGUGUGCAAGAAGUGGAGGCACUUGACAAGCACGCCCCAUUUCAUACAGAUGAGAAGCGACUGUUCUUAUGGUAGUCCAUGGUUGUUCCUGUUUGGCAUCACGAAGGGUGGGUGUCAUGCUGGUGACAUUCAUGCUUUGGAUGUCUCUGGCGAUCGAUGGCACAGGAUUCACAGUGAUGUGCUAAAAGGCAGGUUCUUGUUCUCUGUUACAAGUAUUAAGAGUGAUAUCUAUGUUGUUGGUGGUUGCUCUAGGUCUUCUUUGUCAAUGGAGAAGAGGUCCAUCAAGACUCACAAAGGGGUCCUGGUGUUUAACCCUUUGAGCGGCUCAUGGCGUAAAACUGCACCGAUGAAAUCAGCAAGGUCAGGACCUGUUCUGGGUGUCUUUGAAGUAGGUGCCAGCUGCAGUUUGUUUGAAGCUCGACCCAAGUCCCAAGAUCAGCUUCAGUUGAAGUCUCGGAUUGGAGGAGUCUCUGAUGUGUAUAAGGAUCCACACAGACUCUCUGUCAGGCUUCGGCUUAGAGAUGCUUUUAGUGAGGAGGAUGUUUCAUCGGAGCGCAAAAGAAGACCAUCCAACUUUGUUGGAGAAAAUAUGAGCAAGCAGUUAAAAUUUGCACUGAUUGCUGUGGGUGGUUGUGGAUCCUGGGAUGAACCUCUUGAAUCUGGUGAGAUCUAUGAUCCUGUAACUGAUAAGUGGAUAGAGAUUGCAAGUUUGCCAGGGGAAUUUGGAGUCAUUUGCUCAGGUGCCAUAUGUGGCAAAAUGUUUUAUGUUUACUCAGAGACAGAUAAACUCGCAGGCUAUGAUUUGGAAAGAGGCUUCUGGAUGACAAUUCAGGUGUGCCACCCUCCUCCCCGGCUUCGUGAAUACUACCCGAAGCUCAUUGCUUGUAGCAGUCGGUUGUUCUUCUCUUGUGUGUCAUGGUGUGAAAUAGAUGGCCAACCAAACAGGAGGGAGAUAGCUGUGAGGAAGUUCUGGGAGCUGGAUUUCACUUUACGUGCAUGGAAUGAGGUCUCAUGGCAUCCAGAUGCUCCCAUGGACCGGAAUGCCAUGUUUCUUGCAGAUGACGAUAUGAUUUACAGUAUCGAGAUGUUUAGGAUAUUUGGGCAGGUCCUGGAUUUCUUAACUGCUUGUCAUGUUUCCAAAACUGGACUGAAGUGGCACCGUAUCACCAAGAAGCAUGCAACACAUGAAGUGGAUGCUUCUUCAUGUGUAAUCAAGUCAAUGCUGGUGUUGCACCUCUGAACUUUAUGUUGUUCAAUGUUUGUCACACUUUUGGUUGUUUACAUGCAAGACACAAUCAUGUACUUUUGUUCAUUGAAACUGACUGAAAAGUGGAGGAGGAGGGAGCAUCAGUGAAGAAUUGUGCAACAAUGAGAUGAAAUUGGCGAUUCAGAGUCAUGGCUAUGUUUAGAGUUGCCUCAAAGAAAAGAAGCACAUACCAGUCCCAUUUGGAAUCGGCAUGCGAUUGCAUUCCUUGCAACUAACAACUCCCAUUCAGAAACAAUCCCCAAAGAAAAAUAGCACCAAAGUCCUACUCAUCCUUGUUCUGAAAGCAAACCCCAGAAACAAACAAGUAGCAGUUCACCAUCCUUCCUAGAAAGACAUGCCAAC